AUGGACAGCGAGAUAUGUAAGUUCUUGCCACGCAACAUUUCCGCCUCUUUUAAGAGUGAGGACACCAACGUGCGCAUGCGCAGGAAGCGCGGGGUGACAGCUGGCGGGCCCUCAUUGGGCAUCCGCGUGGGCGCGGGGUCCGCCGCGACCGUCAGCCUUCUCGGCGUUUCUGGGGGAGGCGGCAUCUACGGCAGCGCUGGCGGAGGAGGCUCCGGGCGAGGAAGGGGGGGAGCGGGGGGAACAGGAGGCAGAAUAGGGGGGGCAGCAGCGGGGGGAGUGGGGGUGAUGAAGCUUGUGCAGGAGCACUAUCUAAGGGAGGACAUCAAGUGUGGGUCUGCGCUCUGCUAUGCGUGCUACACGCACCUCCCCCGCCAUGACCCGCUGCUAUUUGGGGACGUGCUCCCCUGCCAACUGCUUCCCAGGGAGUUGCUCUGGCAGUUUCCUGAGGAGGACUUGCUGCUCCAAGUCGAGGCGGACCGGCCUUCGUUGUCCGCUAGUGCGCAACACUAUGUGAUCCCCGAUGCAGCGUCACUGGUGGAGUACAUGGAGGUGUGGGAGCUGCCUCCCAUACGCCACACUAUCGUGCUGGGCUCCGUGCUCAAGGAGGUCCUCCACUUCUCCAGCGCCCAUCACGCCGGCCGCAUCCGUGCUCUGUGUGAGGACGGCAGGCGGGAGAGUUCCUAUUUUGACGACCGGCACUUCCUCUUCACGCACACCAUGGCGGAGGAGAGGCAGGCGAGCUUGAGGGUGACACUUGGUGAUGCUGCUUCCGCUGAAGUGGAUCUCUGUCAUGUGGUGGCGGCAGCGCAGUGGUUCUCAACCCAUCUCCACCGCGCCAUACCCAUCCUUAUCGUGUCGGACGAGCUGGCAGCGGCACGUGGCAGCAUGCCAUUGGGCGAGGUGCUGCAGGCCGUACAGCGUAACGAAGUGGUGGUGAUGACAACAAAGGCGUUCUUUCAGACCUACUACGGCCACCACACCACGGUCACCACGCUCAUGGACUCUCUCGUGAGCACAUGA